CGGUUCAAAACUGGCUAAAAACAGGUUCCUAAUUAACGUUGUAACCAUAUAAAAUCACAGAGUUAUGCAUUAAAUAAAUAUUUCAAAUAAUUAAGAAAGUGCCUCGUUAAAUAUUUAACUUCAAAGUUGGACAGUCCAUUUUCCAUUCAGUAUUGUUUGAGAUCUUUUAUUAUGUUCUGUUUAUGUUGCUACGAAUUUGAAUUAUCAUGAGUGAAUUCAAGCUUCAUCAUUUGAUAGCAGAAUUAAUAGAGUUACUCGGGUCUGCCUCACCACCUGAGAAAUAUGUGGAGAAAUUACAAAAAGCAAGUGCCAGUGGAACUGCCUCUGCACUUUUGAGUAUUCCAACUCAGAGCUGUGUUCGUAAGCUCGCUAAAACUUCCCCGAAUCCUGAUUUAUUUCUACAAAAAUAUGAGGAAUUGAAGGCAAAAAAGGUAGAUCUUCUUGGUCCAUUUGUGCAGCUUCUUGACUUUAUAUCACAAGAUAAAAACUUGAAGCAGUAUUUGGCAAAAAAUUCUCCGAGUCUUGCUGGUACUUCCACGAAGACCUCUACGAUUACUAAAGAAGAUUUACCACAGAUCUGUAAAAAUGUUAAAAAAGCUGCAGAGGAGGGUCAGAAGAAAUUAAUGAAGCAAAGUAUGACAAAUACGAAGAAAAAUGAACCCUGCCUCAUGAAACAGAAUUGGGUGGUGGAACGGCCACGAAUAUCUUGGGAUUUCCACUCGGAGACUGCAGUUAAUUUGUAUCAAAAAGUUGUACCUGUAGUUUCUCAAGAAGCAAUUGUUCUCUGGGAUUUACUUUACUGUUUAAAAGGAAUGGAUGGGGCAUACAUUAUUUCGGAGCCUUUAGCAGAUCCUUACGAUGUGAAGACAUUUGCAAUUUCUACCGAUGUUUAUACAUCAUAUAGGCAACUCGCCCAGCAAAUAUUACCCUUGGCUUCGCAUUAUUCCAUGACCGUUCGAUUUGUAGAGGAAAAAGUAUUACCAGAAGAUGGACAAGUUAACCAUGCAUUAAGAGGCGCUCUCAGAUGUUUCCUGAAAGAUUACUUGCUAUUUAUCGUACAACUGGAAACUGAGCAUAUUCGAGGGAAAUUGAAUUUACAGAAAUUAUGGUUUUACAUUCAGUCGACUCUUUCGGCAAUGUCUGUAUUUGCACAGAUCACAUCCUCUAUAUUUAAGGCAAAGGCACGGGGUGGCAAAGUAUUAACUCUUCUUCAUGAACAAAUAAAUAAUAUGAGUGGAGAUGCAAAUUGUAAAGAUCUGUGCUUAUCGCUUAUUCAAGAUGCUAGCGUGCCAUACAUGAAAAUGUUAGAAAAGUGGGUUUAUAAAGGCGUUAUAUGCGAUCCUCAUCAGGAGUUCUUUGUAGAAGAUAACGAGUUAAUUCAAAGAGAGGAACUUCCUAUGGAUUAUUCAGCGGAUUAUUGGGAGAAAAGAUACACGAUGAAGCCUGAGAGAAUCCCUGAAUUUCUGAGCGAAAAUGCUCAAACGAUUUUAAGGACUGGUAAAUACUUCAAUGUCAUCCGACAGUGCGGUAAAACCGUGCAAUGGGGAAAGCAAGAACCAUUGGUCUACCAACAGCGAGGGCAAAAUUAUAUAGCUGCUAUCGAUAGAGCUUAUUCGGAGGCAGCCCGGACAUUACUGGAGGUCCUUAUUCAAGAAAAUGACUUGAUGGGACGACUGAGAAGUGUCAAGAGUUAUUUCCUUCUAGCACAGGGUGAUUUUAUUGUCCAACUAAUGAAUCUUUGCGAGACCGAACUGAGUAAGAAUAUGUAUGAUAUUGUGAUUCAUCGACUAGCGUCACUUCUUGAGGUAGCAUUAAGGACAUCUACUGCAGACUGUGAUCCAUAUAAAGAUGAUCUUAAACCUGAACUCAUGCCGUAUGAUCUUCAGUUUCAAAUGUUUCGAAUACUCUCCAUACAAACAUCGGAAGAAAAAGAGUACUGUCUUCAAACGAGCAAAUCGCUAAGCGGUCUGGAGGCGUUUGUAUUCAAUUAUGACGUUAAGUGGCCAGUUUCCUUAAUCAUCAACCGGAAGGCGAUUGCGUGUUAUCAAAUGCUUUUCAGACAUCUAUUUUAUUGUAAACAUAUCGAACGACUUUUGGGCAGAGUUUGGAUUAGCAAUAAAAUCGCAAAGACCUUCUCGCAAGAAGUCGGAAUGUCUUAUCGCCAAGCGUUCUCAUUAAGGCAUCGAAUGCUCGACUGUAUCCAACAUCUGGAGUACUAUAUGAUGAUCGAAGUCAUCGAACCGAACUGGUUAACCUUCAUUAACAAAAUGAGCAAAGUCAGUAAUGUCGAUGACGUUUUGAGUGUACAUCAGGAUCUUCAAGACAGUUACUUAAGACAAUGCAUGCUCACCGAUCCUGACCUCUUGGGAUGCAUUAGAAGUCUGUGUGCGGUUUGCGUUGAAUUUUGCGACUUCAUGGAACGUAUGAGCCGAUACUACAUUGACGCCGAAUUGACAUCCAUGAUCGGCGCCUGUCAAGAUGACAUCGGUGAGCCUGAGAUGGACAGCAGCAGCCAUUCAAAAUUGAGUGGUUCGACCUUUGAGGAAACCAUUGUUACGUUGGAUAACAAAUUCACCGAUAUCCUGAUGCGCUUGCUGGACAGGAUUUGCGACUUGGGUAGCGAUAACAACAAUGAAAAAUUAUUAAACGUCCUCUGCCGGUUGGAUUUCAAUUUCUUUUACACCGAUACAUUGCAAAGACGUAUAUUGGAAAAAAGCCAAGGGAAAGAUGUAUCUGGAUGAUAAAGUCUAGAGGGUAGAAGAGCACAAAGUAGUUGUUUGAAGAUUCUAAUGAGGUUAAGUGAUUAAGAAAUUCAGCUACUGACGCCGAUGACAUUGACGAGUAUACGUAGGCAUGAUUCUGUUAAAGGGUCAAAAAAAUGAUCUAAGUAUUAUAGUAUUGGUUAAUUCCAAUGUUAAAAUAGAGUUAAGAAAGCUGAUGUAAUCAAGACGAUGCAUCGUUUCCAUAUGUGGAAUCGUCAUGACAUUGAUUAUGCCAGUGAUCACAACCGUACGUUCACAUACUAGAUUACGAAUAAGAGUGCGCCACGUAACGCUGAUUUGCAUAUCGGCUAGUACAAAUAGGUGAACACAAAAAAUAUAUAUUUUCACGCUUACACAUUUGUAUAGCGUUUCGGUACUCUACGUUAAGGUCAAGUUCAUUCGAUAACUGUUCCGAUUGUCCAAUUUUGAAUCCGUCAUGAUUCUGUGAUAUAAAUGAUGCAGAGUCAGUAAUUUCAUCCACUUGUAGGAUGUUAAGCUAAAUGAUUUGUCAUGUCCUGGAUAUGAACAAAAAUAAUGAGUGGAGCAUAACCUCACGUCGAAGGAGUUGUCAACUCUUUUUAUGGGUACGUAUCCUGCAUUGAUAUUCGUCAAUGUGAAACCUAUUGAUAUUGACGUCCGAUAUACUGUGCUCCAUUAUUAAUAAUAAUAAACUCAGAAUUUAGCGAGUCAUAGAAAUAUUUUGCCAAAUACAU